CCUCGGCUCGACCCCAUGUGGAGCCGCCUUGGGCAGGGCCCAGCGCGGGAGCCCAGAGUGACCAGAGCCAGGCAGACAGACUGACACCUCAGGGCGCCCAGCCUCUGGGGGCGGGCUGAGCAUCUGGGGCGGGCCCAGCAGCCUCGUCACCACCGCCCCGCCCCAGCCCCAGCGCCGCCCCCUUCCCCAGAGCCGCACUCGCCGAGAGCUGGCUGAAAAGAUCCCACCACCCCCAGCCAGCCCCGGCCCUUCUCCCCACACCCCUCUGUCCUGCCCCAUCCCUCGCCGCUCUCCCCUCGCCCUCCCGCCUCUCAGGUCCUAGGACCCCUCUCCCACCCCGCCCUGCCCCUCUGCCCUGUCUUGGCGCCCCCGCCCCUGCUCCCCUGCCGCUGCUCUGUCCCGACGUCUGGGGCAGGUCGAGGACCAUGGCCUUGCGCCGGGCGCUGCUGCUGCUGCUGCUGCCGCCCCUCGUGGGGGCCACCGGGCGCCCAGCCGCAGCCUGGCCCAACGCCUCCCGCCUAUUCUGGAUCAACUACUCCCUCUCCGACUGGCAGGACUUCCUGGGCCAGCAGCGCUACCGCUACGGGCUGGAGUCCCAGGACCCCAGGGUGAAGGCGCUGCUGGUGGCGGCCUACGCCUUCAUCAUCGUGUCCGCGCUCUUCGGCAACGUCCUGGUGUGCCAUGUCAUCUGCAAGAACCAGCGCGUGCACUCUGCCACCAGCCUCUUCAUCGUCAACCUGGCCGUGGCCGACAUCCUCAUCACGCUGCUCAACACGCCCUUCACCUUGGUGCGCUUUGUGAACAGCACAUGGGUGUUCGGGAAAGGCAUGUGCCACGUGAGCCGUUUCGCCCAGUACUGCUCCCUGCACGUCUCGGCCCUGACGCUGACUGCCAUCGCGCUGGACCGCCACCAGGUGAUUAUGCACCCGCUGCGGCCUCGCAUGUCCCCCACCAAGGGCAUGGUCUGCAUUGCUGCCAUCUGGGCCCUGGCCACCGCCUUCUCACUCCCGCACGCCAUCUGCCAGAAGCUCUUCACCUUCGAGUACAGCAAGGACGUGGUCCGCUCCCUGUGCCUGCUCGACUUCCCUGAGCCCGCCGACCUCUUCUGGAAGUACCUGGACCUGGCCACCUUCACCCUGCUCUACAUCCUGCCGCUGCUGGUCAUCUCCGUGGCCUACGCCCGCGUGGCCAGGAAGCUGUGGCUGGGCAACACCAUCGGCGACGUGACCACGGAGCAGUACCUGGCCCUGCGGCGUAAGAAGAAGAAGACCAUCAAGAUGCUGGUGCUGGUGGUGGUGCUGUUCGCGCUCUGCUGGCUCCCCCUCAACUGCUACGUACUGCUGCUGUCCAGCAAGCUCAUCCCCGCCAGCAACGCCCUCUACUUUGCCUUCCACUGGCUGGCCACCAGCAGCACCUGCUACAACCCCUUCAUCUACUGCUGGCUCAACGAGAGCUUCCGGGCGGAACUCCGGGCCAUGCUGCGAGUGUGCCGCCGGCCGCCCAAGCCCCCCGAGCAGCAGCCCCCCUCCCCGCUGCCUGCCUUCCGGGUGGCCUGGACUGAGGGGAGCGGCGGCCCCCAGGCCCCACUGGCCAGCAGCCUCCUGCCCUCCUCCCAGCCACAGCCCAGGAAGACAGACCUGGUGUCCGUGGAGCCCGGGGUGGCCGUGAGCUAGAGGAGCGGCUCCCGCCAGGUGGCACAGUCCCCGCAGCUCCCGACCUGCCUCACGCCGGGCUCCGAGGCUGUGCGUGCCAGGGCUUGCCUAGCAGCUGCUCACAUGGGCUGGGAGGUCGGCCUGGUCACCCCACCCCGGCUCUGUGCACCCCAGAGGGUGAGGCUGACCAGACACCUAGAACCCAGCCUGGAGGCCUGUAGCAGCGGAGUCAGCCGCACGCAGCAAGAAAGACCAACGGGGCUGAAGCAGAAGGCCAGGUGUCCCCAGGGGACAGCCAUUGUGAGAUCUGGGGUGGCAGAGCAGCACGAGGAAGAGAGCGGGCAUCUGCCUCCCUCCCGAGCCACCUGGAGCGGCUCCUCAGAAGGACACUUUUUCGCCCUCCUGGGCUCCUCAGCCCGCAUCCUGCGCGCCUGCUUCUGCUGUGAAGGACACUUCUUCGCCCUCCUGGGCUCCUCAGCCCGCGUCCUGCGCGCCUACUUCUGCUGUGAAGGACACUUCUUCACCCUCCCAGAACUCGGUCCUCAGGGGUGUGCAAAGCCUGUGCGAAGGCUGCUGGGGCCACCCCCUGCCCUGAGCAGCCCCUCCUCACGCAGCCCCAGGGCAGGGUGCAGAGCCGUGUCCCUGCUGUCUGGGCAGGUCCUUCCUCACGCUCCUGAAGGCCAAGCUUGCUCUUCCCGCGGCAAUGCUAUCUGUUAGUUCCCUGGAGGCUGCCCUUGGAGCUGAAGUGGUGCCAGGGCCUCCCACCCCAGAAGCUUGCUGCUGCCUCCCAGCACCGUGGGAAAGGAGGCCGGGAGGCUCUGCUCUGGCCCUUGGCUGUGCUUGCCUGCUGGCUGCUAUGUGCCAGAGACAGGUGUGAAAAUUCCAGGAUGCCAGGCCUUAGCUGCUUACCUAGUGGCCCUGGGCCUCAUGCAUGUGAGAGCCCCCUGUUCUGAGCCACGUUCACCCAGGUACACAGAGAGAGGUACAGAGGGAGACAGAGAGACAGAGAGAGAGAGACACCAAACCUCCAGAGCCUCCUCUGUUGCCAUAGCAUCUAUUCAUGUGGUGCUGGGCCCCAAACCCAAGCCACAUGCAUGGCAGUCAGGUGAUCUACCCAGUCAGCUGUCUCCCCAACCUGAGAUGUGGUGUUUUAACGAUGGACCUCUGCACAGCAGGUCAGAGGAGACUCCUGGGAGAGGGCACCCCUUGAGUCCGCAGAGUCCCCGCUUCUGUGUUGUGGAGGCGCGAAUGGCGUCCGUCAACUGCUAUGAAUGCUACAUCACCAGAGGCAGGCCAGGGCUCCUGGGGCCUUGGGACACUGCCCGGCCCGCUGCUGCCCAGUCCCCGAGCAGAAGCCCCUGUGCCUGCCCCAAGCCCAUCUUCCCAGUGUGCCAGCAAGCACUCCAUUGUGAGCACCCCAUCUCAAUAAAACACUGCUGCCGUGUG